GAAAAUGUUUCGCUUUGUAGCCCUCUUCGCUUUGGUUAGCUUGGCUUGUGGUGCGUCCUUGCCAGACGAAUUAGAUGGACGUAUUGUGAAUGGUGUAGACACCACCAUUGCAGCUCACCCUUACCAGGUGUCCUUGCAACUCAAGUCCGGUUCACACUUUUGCGGUGGCAGUAUCGUCAGCUCUGAGUUCAUCGUUACCGCCGCCCAUUGCUUGCAAUCGUAUUCGGCAUCACAAAUCUACGUUCGUUUGGGUUCAACCUAUUACAACAGUGGUGGCGAAUUGGUUUCUGUAAAAUCAUUCACUUACCAUCCUGGCUACAAUUCAAAGACCAUGGUCAACGACAUUGCUGUGAUCCGCUUGUCUUCUCCAGUGGCAGAGUCCAGCAAUAUUAAAUACAUCGAAUUGGCCGAAGAGACACCAGCAACUGGCACUUUGGCUGUAGUCACCGGUUGGGGUACUAAAUGCUACCUUACUUGCAUAUCUUUGCCCACUACUCUCCAAGAGGUCGAAGUAGAUAUUGUUGAUGAGGCGGAUUGCGCCUCUAGCACGUACAAGUAUGGUUCGCAAAUCCAGGAAACAAUGGUUUGCGCUUAUGCAGUGAGUAAGGAUGCUUGCCAGGGUGACUCUGGUGGUCCAUUGGUGGCUAACAGCAAAUUGGUUGGUGUUGUAUCAUGGGGUUACGGCUGUGCCAGGACUGGCUACCCUGGUGUGUACUCUGAUGUACCUUCACUACGCUCGUGGGUCGAGUCUACCAUGGCUAGCAUGUCCUUCCAUCAAGAGAUAACGCUUAAUCAAUUUUUGAAAAUGUUUCGCUUUGUAGCCCUCUUCGCUUUGGUUAGCUUGGCUUGUGGUGCGUCCUUGCCAGACGAAUUAGAUGGACGUAUUGUGAAUGGUGUAGACACCACCAUUGCAGCUCACCCUUACCAGGUGUCCUUGCAACUCAAGUCCGGUUCACACUUUUGCGGUGGCAGUAUCGUCAGCUCUGAGUUCAUCGUUACCGCCGCCCAUUGCUUGCAAUCGUAUUCGGCAUCACAAAUCUACGUUCGUUUGGGUUCAACCUAUUACAACAGUGGUGGCGAAUUGGUUUCUGUAAAAUCAUUCACUUACCAUCCUGGCUACAAUUCAAAGACCAUGGUCAACGACAUUGCUGUGAUCCGCUUGUCUUCUCCAGUGGCAGAGUCCAGCAAUAUUAAAUACAUCGAAUUGGCCGAAGAGACACCAGCAACUGGCACUUUGGCUGUAGUCACCGGUUGGGGUACUAAAUGCUACCUUACUUGCAUAUCUUUGCCCACUACUCUCCAAGAGGUCGAAGUAGAUAUUGUUGAUGAGGCGGAUUGCGCCUCUAGCACGUACAAGUAUGGUUCGCAAAUCCAGGAAACAAUGGUUUGCGCUUAUGCAGUGAGUAAGGAUGCUUGCCAGGGAGACUCUGGUGGUCCAUUGGUGGCUAACAGCAAAUUGGUUGGUGUUGUAUCAUGGGGUUACGGCUGUGCCAGGACUGGCUACCCUGGUGUGUACUCUGAUGUACCUUCACUACGCUCGUGGGUCGAGUCUACCAUGGCUAACUCUUUAGUCGACGACACACUAUUUUAUCCAACUAUUACAAUGUUGCGCUUCAUAAUUAUUAUUUGCGCACUCCUCAGUCUCGCAUUUGGUGCAUAUAUGUCUCCUCAUCUGGAUGGACGCAUCGUGGGCGGCAAGGCUACGACUAUUGAAGAACAUCCCUAUCAAGUUUCACUCUCCACCAAGUUGGGCGGUCACUUUUGUGGCGGCAGUCUCAUUAGUGAAAAUAUUGUUGUUACUGCUGCCCAUUGUUUGCAGAGUUUCAAGGCUUCGAGUAUCCGUAUACGCGCCGGUUCCACGAACAAUAAAAAGGGUGGUGAAUUGGUGAAGGUUGCAGCUGUGAAAUAUCAUCCCAACUAUAAUGCCUCAACCAUAGAGAAUGAUGUUGGCAUAUUAAAACUUGCUACAGCUAUACAAAAAACGGAGAGUGUAGGAUACAUAGAAUUGGCCCAGACGUCACCGGCUACCGGCAUAUCAGCCGUAGUGACGGGUUGGGGUACCAAAUGUUUUGCCUACUGCUUAAUACCGCCUACCACUUUGCAAGCCGUCGAGCUGGAGAUUGUACAACGUGCAGAUUGCGCUUCGAAUACUUACAAGUAUGGCGAUCUAAUCAAGGAGUCGAUGUUGUGUGCCUAUGCGUUGAAGAAGGACUCGUGCCAGGGCGAUUCGGGUGGUCCAUUGGUUGCUGAAGGAAAACUGGUCGGCAUCGUUUCAUGGGGUUAUGCCUGUGCUAAAAAGGGUUACCCUGGUGUAUACAGUGAUGUCGCCUCGUUGCGCGGUUGGAUAUUGGAGGCGAUCGCCGAAAUUUAAAGGUGCCUUUAUACAAGAAAGUUUGGGGAAAGCGUUUAAAAAUUUCAAAUAAAGUUAACUGAAGAAAUGCAUUUUUAUUUUAGUAGCAAAUGAUAGCUAAGGCACUGGCCUUCUUGUGGUCCGAAUUAGACGUCUGCAG